AUGCCCGGGGUCCGCCUAACCCGCAGGUCUGAAGCAGCGGGCGGCGGAAGUGGGGCGAUGGGGGUGGUCCCCUCCAUUGCAGCCACGCCCCCGCCCCUUCCUAGGCUUGCCACGGGACGAUGCAGCAGCCGAAGCGACCUCCAGGGGGCCUUCCGCCACGGGUUCGUCUUCUCAGUGACCCACCCAGGGGCCACGAACCCCGAGGGGACGAGGCGGAAGCAGCGGUGGCUCCCGGCCUCGCCACUGCCUGGUGUCGGGCACACCGAGCUGCUGCCCGACUUCGGUGUGGACUACAGGUCGCCCGUCUCUGAAGCCUUCCACGCUCUAGAACGCCGCCCCUGGAGGUCGCUGGGGGCACCCCGGGGGCGGUGGUGA